GUGUGGGGGUGAGCAAGUCGGAAAGGAUGCGCCCGACAAGUCUCCUCCAGAAGUGAUGUUCGGCCGUUCGAGGAGCUGGGUCGGCGGGAGCUCCGGCAAGUCCCCCCGCAACAUCCAUUCCCUGGAACAUCUGAAAUACAUGUACCAUGUCUUAACGAAGAAUACGACUGUGACGGAUAGUAAUCGCAACCUCCUGGUGGAGACUAUUCGGUCCAUCACAGAGAUUCUUAUUUGGGGAGAUCAAAAUGACAGUUCUGUGUUUGACUUUUUCUUGGAGAAGAACAUGUUUGUUUUCUUCUUAAACAUCUUGCGUCAGAAAUCAGGGCGUUAUGUCUGUGUACAGCUGCUUCAGACUCUCAACAUUCUUUUUGAGAAUAUUAGCCAUGAAACCUCACUAUAUUAUCUGCUGUCGAAUAACCAUGUGAAUUCCAUCAUUGUGCAUAAGUUUGACUUCUCCGAUGAAGAAAUCAUGGCAUAUUACAUCUCCUUCCUGAAGACGCUUUCCCUUAAACUGAAUAAUCAUACUGUACANUUUUUUUACAAUGAGCAUACUAAUGAUUUUGCUCUAUACACGGAGGCCAUUAAAUUUUUCAACCACCCAGAGAGCAUGGUCAGAAUUGCUGUCAGGACAAUCACCCUUAACGUGUACAAAGUCUCAUUGGACAACCAACUUAUGUUGCACUAUAUCAGGGAUAAAACAGCAGUGCCCUACUUCUCCAAUCUAGUUUGGUUCAUUGGCAGCCAUGUGAUCGAUUUGGACAACUGUGUGCAAACUGAUGAAGAGCACAGAAAUCGGGGAAAGUUGAGUGACCUGGUGGCAGAGCACUUGGAUCAUGUGCAUUAUCUGAAUGAUAUCUUGAUUAUUAACUGUGAAUUUCUGAGUGAUGUGCUGACGGACCAUCUGCUGAACAGGCUCUUCAUUCCAUUGUAUGUCUACUCCUUGGUUAAUAAUGAAAAGACUGCUGAUCGUCCAAAGAUCAGUCCCCAAGUGUCGCUCUAUCUCCUCUCCCAGGUCUUUUUAAUUAUACACUAUAGACCAUUGGUGAAUUCUUUGGCUGAUGUAAUCUUGAAUGGGGAUCUUUCAAUCUUUAAUCUCCACUCUGAACAAGAUGUUCAGAAGCGUGCACUUUCUCAUUCCUCACUGACUAGCUCUUCGUCUACACCAAAGGUGUCGAGCUUACGAUGUUUCACCAAACCCACGGAGUCUCUGGAAAGAUCUCUUGAGAUUAGUCGACAUAAGGGAAAAAAGAAACUGCAGAAAAGGCCAAAUUAUAAAAAUGUGGGGGAAGAGGAUGAAGAGGAGAAGGGUACAGAGGAGAAGGAGGAUGACGCCGAAAAGGUCAAAGGUACAGAGUCUAGUAUGAAAGGCAUCAAGACGAGUGGGGAGACUGAAGAAAUUGAAAUGGUUAUUAUGGAGAGAUGCAAGAUCAUAGAUCCCCCGCUUUCAUGCUUGACUGAACAAAACACCACUGACGAAGAAAAGACGGCUGCUGCUGCUGCCAAGAUAGACAGCCGAAAAAACAGGCCCUUUCUCGAUAUGGUGUACAAUGCACUGAACUGCACUGAAGAGGAUUAUUAUACACUGUUUGUUUUGUGUCUUCUUUUCGCAUUGUCUCACAACAAAGGUAUAGACUCAGCUCUGUUAGAAAAGGUCCACGUUCCUUCGACGCAAGCUGAGGAGAAGAACACAUAUAGCCAUAUACUAGCAGAAAGACUGAUCAGAAUAAUGAACCAAUCAUCACAGCCAGAUGGGAAAGUUCGAUUGGCAACAUUGGAGCUUGACUGCCUCUUACUUAAACAGCUUGUACUAUCAAAGGGAACCUGUAUUAUUAAAGAUGUACAUCUUGCAUGCCUGGAGGGCGCAAGGGAAGAAAGUGUCCAUUUAUUACGCCGUUUCUAUAAGGGGGAAGAAAUUUUUCUGGAUAUGUUUGAAGAUGAAUAUAGGAGCAUGAUGAGUAAACCUCUGAAUGUAGAAUAUCUGAUGAUGGAUGCAUCUAUCCUGCUGCCUCCCACUGGCACUCCUCUAACUGGCAUAGACUUUGUAAAAAGACUUCCUUGUGGUGAUGUGGAGAGGACAAGGAGGGCUAUCAGGGUUUUCUUCAUGCUCCGUUCUCUGUCCCUGCAACUACAAGGCGAGCCUGAGACACAGCUGCCCCUAACCCGGGAGGAGGAUCUAAUUAAAACAGACGACGUGUUAGAUCUAAAUAACAGUGAUUUAAUUGCUUGCACUGUGGUUACCAAGGAGGGCAGUCAGGCCCAUCGAUUCCUCGCCGUUGACAUUUAUCAGAUGAGCUUGGUUGAACCUGAGAGUAAACGGCUUGGAUGGGGAGUGGUGAAGUUUGCAGGUCUCCUUCAGGACAUGCAGGUCACUGGUGUAGAGGAUGACAGUCGGGCUUUGAACAUCAUCAUCCACAAACCAGCAUCCAAUCCUCACGCCAGGCCCUUCCCUAUCCUCCAGGCCACGUUUAUCUUCGCUGAUCACAUCCGUUGCAUCAUCGCAAAACAGAGAUUAGCAAAGGGACGGAUUCAAGCACGGCGAAUGAAGAUGCAAAAAAUAGCAGCACUUUUGGACCUUCCUGUGCAGCCUUCCUCUGAUGUCAUGGGAUUUGGACAUGGAUCAUCUUCUACAGCCCACCAUCUACCUUUCCGAUUCUAUGACCAGUCUCGUCGUGGAAUCAGUGAUCCCACCGUUCAGCGUUCCGUGUUUGCUUCUGUUGAUAAAGUUCCAGGCUUUGCUGUGGCCCAGCACAUUAACCAGCAGGCGCCUUCGCCAGCGUCGUCCCCCUCCCCACCUUCCAGCGGCACCAUAACAACUAGCACAGGCUGCAGCGGCUCCAUGACCAGUGCUGCCUCCACUCCUUCAGCUGCUAACAGCCCCGCAGAUGGACCCCAGAUUCAGGAGCAGCCUCACUUGACUUUUCCAGACCAUGUGGAGUUUGUGAACCAAGCCGAUUCCUCAAACACGAUGGCAGAGCCUGGUGCCCACAAGAGCAGUGUACCCCGGGUCACUGAAUCUGAAGCAACUAGUCUGGCUCCAAGCUUGACCCCUGCCCACCAGCCAACCAUAUCCCUUCUUUCUGAUGACAACACUGACGCAUUAAGUGUGGAGUCACUGACUCUUGUCCCACCUGCCGAUGCACAGCAUAUCCGAAGUGUGAGCACUUUAUCCCAGAACUCCGUCUCUAAUACUGUGCGAGAAAACGAGGACACUGAAACAACCGAGUCACCAGUCAAUCCCACAGAGUGAAUGGAGAGUAACUUCUCAUCCUCCUGGGUUUGUAUAGACUGACGCAUUUCUCUAAAACAAGGGAGCUAAGCCUCUAGUCUUAAUGCUAAGCAGAAGAUGUAAUAGGUCUGCAGAGGCCUACAAAGUAGGUUUACUGCUUGUAAAUGUAGUUUCCUGAUUGAUCAAAUGGUAACAGAUGUGCAGUUAAAAUGCAGUUUUCACUGUUCAGUUAAAACCCAUUGGUAUAGUUUCAGUAGUGAAGCAGAUUCAUCAAUAAAGUGCUGUCCAUUGAUUAGGAUUGGAUAAAUACCACCUCCAUUGACCCUGCCCUUUCAACAAAGGGAUUUUAAGAGAAAGGUGCAUAGUGCUGGCCUAUAUUUCUUCAACUCCUGUGUCGUUCUGUUACUGUAUUCACCCACUUGACUAUUAUCAGGCUAAUUUGUUUUGUAUGAAACUGUUGGUAGAAAAAUAUUUGUUAUGGCUUUAAGGCCACCCAAAUAAAUCAUUAAAUGUAGGUGGUUUAUUAAUGAUGAGGAUUGGAAAAUGGAAAAUGAAUCCACUAACUUAUCGUAACAGAGUAAAGAUAGGGGUACCAAAUGCCCCACUCAUAAACUACAGCUCAUUUUAAAUAGACCUUGGUGUUAGUCCUCGUUUUACUGUAUUUAAAGUAUACACACAUACACAAAAUAUUGUUUGUUGUUCUGGCAAUGACAGAUGCUUUAAUUAAGUAUAAUAAACUGGGAAGAGCGAGCGGUGAUGUGCUGGGAAGUCAAAACUUAAAAAUACUUUCCUGUUACCAGAGGGUGGUUCAAAGAAUUAACAAGGGUGAGUAUUCUUGAGUGGAUGAUUACUAUAGAUGCCACUCGUGUAUGUUGUAUGGACAACACAGUACUGAUUAGUACUUGGGGACUGAGUGCGGAUUUUUAAACUACACUUUUACUGGUUACAAGAAUGAGCUACACAAUUUACACAAGGCUAAAUUGAGAUCACUUUGGGUUCACCAUUCGAUUUGGUGAUUCUUGUAGCAAGUUGUUGCUCUUAAUUUGUCUCAUUCCCCCUUUUCCAAACACCGGAUAAUUCACACCACUGGAUAGAUAAUUUCUCACUGACACCUCCUGUUUCAAAUGUGUUCCAUUAUCGAUAGAGAUGAAGAAGAAAAAAUAGGUUCAGAAGAAAAUUCAACAAAUUUGAGAUUGUGUAUAUUGAGUGGAAUGAAUAGAAUUUAUCCCACAUGCCUAUGAUUUGUUUCAUCCAUUUGUCACACUUUUUUAAGCCGUUUUUAAUGGGAAAUCUGAGCAAGGCUUACAAAGCUGGCAGGAUUGACUCUGAGUAGAAGAUGGGGAUUCAAUGGGAAAAUGCAACUAAUUGUUGAAUGAUUUAAACCUCAUUGGUAGGUCAGCAGUAAAGGAAGGUGUGUUUGAAAUUUUCUGCAAACAGAAAAGGCAUUUUAGAAGGCAGUUUAGUAUGUAACUGAGAAGUAGUUUGUGGUAUGUUUAUACAUCAGUGACAUCAGGACCCAGUCUCUUGAGGUAAACUGUACAUAAGUAAAUUCUCAGGAAAUCAGCAGUGGCUUUUAAUGGUAGGCUUAUCAGUUUCUAGGAGCUCAUUAAGAUAAAGAUUUAUGCAACAGACUUGAUUGACUUUUCCUCUAUUAAAUAACCACAUUGACCAGUUCUGAUGCAAACAAUGGUUCCUUUUUGAAUUCUUUAUUGAAAAUUGCACCAUACAUUAGUUCAGCUUUUGACAUAGUUAAAAUUGAUCCGAUUUGCCACUAUAGACCCUAAUUUGAAACACUUCUUUCUGAGAAUCUGGCAUUGAUAUGAAUCACACUGAUAGCACUGGUCACAAGGGCAAGGUGAGGUGUAGCAGUUAAUUGUACAAUGAUGUUGCUUCCACUGGAGUCAUUGUUUUAUGUCAUGUGAGUUUUACUCUUGUUCUGUCAGUUAUCAAUCCAAACUUUAACCUGCUAAACUCCAAUCUAAAAUAAAGUUCACAGAACUAUCGGAGUAAAAUAAAUUAAAUGGGUAAUGUGUUCCAUGAACAAAAACAUUGUGGCUGACUUCAGUCGAGAAGAUUAUUGUUUUAUAAGGUAACUACUAUUGCCACCCAAGAAACAACAUAACAGCUACAUCCAAGGUCAACACUUACUUCCUGAUGAAUCAAACAUUCACCUUACGGUACAUUGUGGGGAAAAAAAUUCCCAAACCACAUUUCCUGAAGUGUUGAGAUGACAUUAGGUGACCUCACCAGAGCUAGUGCAACUACCACACAAGUAAACAUCUGCCCCAUUUUAUUUAUUUAAGACUUAAAAAUAGCCUAGCAGGAAUAUUUUAAAGAGUUUUGUGGUCUCAAUGUGAAAUUUCGCUUUGUAGUUUGCAGCAUUUAAAUACUUCAAGAAUCCAAGCACUAGAAUCAGUUCACUUGUUGAUUAAAAAUAUUGGCCUAACAAAUUCUAUAAGUCGUGCUGAUUACCUAUCCUGUGUUUGUGAGCAUCACCACAAAAAGCUACUUACUGUUUGCUCGUAAUAUCAUGACCACUCGUAGAAUUAAUUUCUGUAUUUCAAGAUUAAAGGUAGAUAUGGGAAUGCAUUUGCCGUUGUUAAAAAGUACCUUCAAUAUGCUGCAGUUUCUGCGUAUCAUUCGUACAAUGUUAUGUUCAUCCAAAAAUAUAUAACUACGUAUUCAACUGAUAUGACACGUCAAAAUCUACUCAAUAAGUAGAGGACACCAUCACUCCAUUACUGGUUACACCAAUAAUCCAAUCGGGUUAAUUUGUAGGUUUAGUGUCUAUUUUACUAAAAUGGCUUAAGGAAGCCUGUGCUUAAUUUGCUGAGGAAUGACUUGCUGAGAUUUCUUGUACUUAUUCAAGACGUAAGUUGGCAAACUUACCCCAGGUUUCUGUUGAAAUGGAAGCAGGAAUUUCAAGUUAACAAAGUUUCUGUUUUCAUUUCUCAGUUAGCUGGCCACCUUCAUAUGCCACCUGUCAUUGCACGAGCAGGAGCAAGGCAUAGAAACAGUCCUAUACCUUGGAGUCUACUCAUCCACACCAACGUGAAUGUCUCUUAUUGCAAAACAUGGAUCUGAAAUCUCAGACCUACAAACUAAGGAUCGAUCAAAGAGCACAAACUGACAAUGUUUGCAUGUUUGCUUUUUAAUAACGAAGCCGUACAGUUGGUGGCAUGUUAAGAAUUGGGGAACAAAAAUACAUUUUGCACUUUCAUGUUUUUCUCUCCCUCACUUACAUAGAACUUAAUUCCAAUUCCAAGGAAAGGUGAGUUUUUUCACACACAUUAAGAAGUGCAUGGCUGAUGCCUUUCAGCUCUCUUUAGCAUAAAGGGCUCUCAAGAUUACACUCGAAGCUUGGAAAUCCUCCCAUCAUAUAUUCUAAAGCUAUGUCAGAGACACUGGAGGAAGAAUAAAUGGAAUACUUCCUACAUUUUUAGGCAUAAACAGAGUCUCCCCCUCAGUCUUGACAAUGCAUGUAUUGUUUGUGCUCAGGCUAAACUUACACAGGCUGUAUAGGGAGUAAGGCAUCAUACCUGGGGUGAAUCUCCUUACCCCUAACAUCAUUAGUUUGUAAGCCAUUGAUAGCAAACAGAAGAGAUUAAAAAACAUGAAGUCUGUCAGAGUGUAAAUGUUGGUGCUAAUUUAUCAUUAUUUGAGGCCAGGUGCAAUAAGGUUGAGGUCAUUCUCAGUGGGGGAAGAGAUUAUACCCCACAAUAUCUGAAAUAUUGAAUUUGGACAAUGGUCAAAUAAACAGCUGGAGGCUUUUGGCAGUUUGAUCAGAGCCAUCCAGGGAGACUUGCUGUUCUCAUGGGAACCACUGAUUAAGAGACCACAGAAGGCAUCAGUUCUUUGAGUUUGAGUUGCAUUUUUCUGCCCAGGAAGUUGCGUUAAUGAAUGCUGAUGUAAAUAUUAAGGUGCCUAUUAAGUACAGUAUAUGUUACUCUUCUUGGAAGAGUUGAUUGAUACUGACAUUCGACCCGUAACAUGAACAUGACCUUUUGCUGUUGCUUAAGAAACUGUGCACAGGUGUUGAAACUAAUGUACUCCAGUAGUUGCACAAUGAAGGCUAUAUUAAUACUGCAUAUAUACUUAAAAUGUACAGGACACAUUUCUCCCAAGAGCUCAGUGGGUUUUGUAUUAAUGGAUUAAGAUGACUGUUGUAAAUAUGCAUUGUGUGUAGAUUGUUUUAAAAAAAAGAAUUUCUUUAUAUCAGAUUAAGCAAUACUAAGAUAUUUACACUGAUGCGUUGUAUUUUCCUUAGUGGUUUAGUUAAAGUACAUCUUUACAGUAUUUCAACCUGGAUAAACGAUUUCACUCCAUGAUCACCAUCGGAAUAUGUAAAACAAUUGUAAAUUAUAUGUAUAUUGAAAAUGGGUUACGUUUUGAGUCAUUUGUUGUGUAUGUAUACAUGCAGAGUGUUUCUCUUACUUGUGUUUGACGCAAGGUUCCUUUUAUGAUUGAGGCCUGUGUGGUGACUAUACACUCAGGUAGCACAGACGAGGGUAAGUGGCCAGGAAACAACAGGAACACACAGAAAUGGAACCCGUUUGUCAUCCAAGCCACAGCAAUAAAUGUAAGAUAAUUUUGCAUUCA